UAAAAUGUUUUGUGGUUAUUUAAUUUUUACGCAUGCGUUGUUAUCUCGGUGUGAGUUUGUUUGCGCAUGCUGACGCAAGUGCGAUAGUGUGAGUGCGAGCGCGGUGAGGGGGUCGCGGUUGCCGGUCGCGCACGCUGCGUGCAUUAUAGCUAGUACUGCGCGAAGAGCGCCUGUAGUUCGUGAUACUAGAGGUGACUGGAACUGUCACACACGAGACUACACCCGGCCACAAAAUGUCAAAUCGAGCAUGGGUGACUUUAGCCACAAACGACUCGUACGGCCUGGGCGCCCUGGUGCUGGCGCACUCGCUGCGCCGGGUCGGCUCCUCGUACCCGGCCGUGGUGCUCAUCACACCAGCCGUCACUGAGCCCAUGAGAGACCGUCUUCGCGCAGUGUUCGCCGAGGUGAUCAUAGUGGACGUGCUGGACUCCGGCGACGCCGCCCACCUGGCACUGCUACAGCGCCCCGAGCUUGGCAUCACUUUCACCAAGAUCCACUGCUGGAAUCUCACCCAGUACGACAAGUGCGUGUUCCUGGAUGCCGACACAUUGGUAGUCCAAAACAGCGAUGAGUUGUUCGACCGCGAGCAGCUCUCUGCGGCUCCCGACGUCGGCUGGCCCGACUGCUUCAACUCCGGAGUGUUCGUGUUCGCGCCCUCCGCUGAUACCUUCGCACAGCUCAUAACCUUCGCACAGGAACGGGGAAGCUUCGAUGGUGGUGACCAAGGUCUGUUGAACUCGUUCUUUUCGGACUGGGCUCAUGGUGACAUCAACAAGCAUUUGCCGUUCAUCUAUAACGUAACAUCUGCGGCCUUCUACUCUUACCUGCCCGCAUUAAAACACUUUGGUCAGAAUCUGAAAAUUAUCCACUUCAUUGGCGCCGCUAAGCCGUGGCUCCAGCAGUUUAACUUCGAGUCUGGUUCCGUGGACGCUCCCGAUCACAUUCGCGGCCUCUUGCAGUUGUGGUGGGACAUCUUUGUGGGCCACGUUCACUCCCAGCUCGAUACCGGCAUGGUUGAGGUGGAGGACACACAUGACGUGCCACCAGCAUUACCGCUACAUGACGUCCGACACCAAUUCCGCUAUCAGCCCACUCUCGAUCCGGAAUCAGAAUUCGCGUGGCACCAUCCCGAUGCCCAGACCCAAGAGGAUACCUGUGAUAAACAUGUAGAUAUAACUGAAUUUCACGAUCCUUGGAACGUUUAUAGAGGAAACAUUCCUCCAAAUACAGAAGAAACAAAUAGUAAUUACGAAGAGUUAAGUAGAAUAGAAGACCAGGAAGAAUUAAGAAAAUACGCUUGGGAUUAUCAGGCUCAAGAACCUCCGUCCACGUAUACUGAACAACAUUUUAGUCAAGACAAAGAAACCAACAACCAACCAACAAACCAAAAUCAAACACAUUAUACAGAUGAUUGGCAACAUAACCAUUUCGAAUACAGUCAGGAUGAACACAAACAUGACGGCCACUGGCAUCAUGAACAUGGCGAACACAAUCAUGACUGGAGCAACCAUGAUACUCACCAACAUACGCACACACAUGACAAUCAGAUACACAAUGUCGGUCACGUACAACACAAUGAAACUAAUUAUUACCAUAAUUAUAAAACACAUGAACACACUGAACACCAACACACUAACACGGAGUCGUAUAUCCCUGAUAGUCAUCAACUCAAUGAAAUUUCAGUACACCAUAUACACAUAGAUAAAGAAAAGAAACGUAGUCGUCGUAGUCGCAGACUGACUCGCAUUGACGUAUGUGCUGAGCACGGAUAUAUGAAUGGGGAUGUCUCAGUGUCUGAAAGCGACGAAUACGACGACGUAAUGCCUAGGCACCCCUACGAUGGAUUCUACUUAAGGCACAGAGUUACAAUUAACGCUCGUGGAAGAAAAGUAUGUUCGCAUGAAAUACCACCCACUCCAUCUCCGUCGCCACCCAGUUCUCCGUCACCAACUAACGAUUUUGCAGAGUUUACUGAAGACGAACCCUUGGAAUUUAACGACUUGGAUUUUCAAAGUGGCGUUGCCGGUAACUUGGCGCGAGUGCAGCCUGGCGGCGCAGGCCCGCGUGAGGCUCUUGACGAGCUGACACGUCGCCAGGGAUGGGAAGCUGGUAACAUUGACUAUAUGGGCGCAGAUUCCUUUGAUAACAUUUGGGCCAAGAUUUCGCAAACCCUGAGCCAGCCACGUACUUCACCUCCAAAGCAGUCUCCUCCUAAGGAACUUGCUCCUCAGCAAGCUCCAGAGCAGGUAGUAGUUCAGUCCGCGGAAGUUGUACAGGAACCAAUAGCUGAGAAAGUUGAAGUAGCGAAGGAAGCCGUUCCUGUUGAAAGUGCGGCUCCAGUAGAAGCCGCUCCCGCUUCAGUGGCAGUCGCCCCCGCGCCAGUCCAGGCGGAGGCUCCUGUUGCGCCCGCGGAAGUAGCUGAGGUCCCAGUGCCUGUAGAAGCCGCCGUGCUUGUGGAAGCCCGGGUGGCAGACGUUGAGCCCGCUGCAACUGAUGUACCAGUAUCAGUUGAAGCAGUUGUUGUUGAUGCUGCACCUAUUGAAGCCGCACCUGUAGUGCCUGUAACCGUAGAAGCCAUAGUCCCCGACGUGCCCGCUACAGUGGAAGCUCUCCCGGCUGUAGAGGAUGCUGCGCCCGCCAAGGAGCCUGUUAAGGCAGAGGCACCAAAAGCAGCCGUCGUAGAAGAGCCGGCACAAAAGACUGAAUCUCCUGUAGUGAGUGCCGCCGCUCCUAGCGCGGCCGACAGCCCGCCGCUGGCCACCACCCCGUCCAAGGAAGAAGCGCCUGCGGUGCCUGCUGCCAAAACGGAGGAGCGUCGCAAACCCGCGGGGAAGCUGAAGCUGAGUCCCCCCGCCGCCGCCGACCCGCUCCCCACCCCCGACAGCGAGCUCGAGGACGCGGCCGCGCUCGCCAGCGACAUCAUCGCGCGCGAGCUGCGGGCCGUGGCCGCGCCCACCGUGAGCGCCGCCGAGCCCGCGCCCGCCGCCUCCCCGCCCGCCGCGCUCGAGCCGCGCGCGCUGCACGUCGCGCAGCCCGAGGUGCCCACGCCGCCCGUCGGCGCGCUCUCACUUGCACAGAUCGGCGUCAAGGCACCCGCCAAGGGCAAGGCCACCACCGCCGCGCUCAUAGAGUCCUCGGUCACGGACACCGCCCAGCCGACGACGCCCGCGUCCUCUUCCACGCCGACUUCGCCAGAGCCCGCCGCGCCUGGCGCACCUGCAGAGGCCGCCACUCCCGCGCAGUCAGCCACUGCCGCCGCGCCCGCGGAGGCUACCGUGCCUUCGGAGCAUCCCACACCCGCGGAGCCCUCUGUUCCCGCAGAGCUCCCCAAGCCCGCUACACCAGCAGCGCCGGCUUCUGACCCGCCCAAAAAAAAGGUCGUGAAGAAGGUAGUGAAGAAGGACGCGAGCGGCGCAGACGCGCCCGUGCCGCCGCCCCGCAAAAAGGAAAAGAAGCCCAAAGAGAAAUGAGCGACCGCGACGAGCUCCCGAUAGUUCCUCUGUGCCAUACUCGUAGCCUUUCAUCUUAUGUUAAAUGUCUAUUUAAUUUUCGAAUAAUUAUGCUUUUUUGUAUCGCGUAAUUCUUUUUACUCUUAAUUAUGAUAGAAAUAAUUUUAUACUCACUAUCACACGGCAAAUGUAUUGUUUAGUUUGAUUUUUAUACCUUUACUUUUACUAUUAUAUCAUGAUUUAUUUAUGUUUUUAACAGUGAUAAUCGGUUUUAUUGUUCUGAACAUUGAUCUACCAAAGGACGAGACGUAUUUAUUGUAUUUAAACGAAAGUUUUAUGAAAUUUUAUAUUAAAAGUCUAUUUUGGAUUACUA